AUGGUUCGCGGGGAGCUCAUCUCCUCUGCUGUAUUAGUCCUCCAGGAUCCGUCGGUAGCGUCGUCGCCGAUCGAGAAGAGGAUUGCAUUCCUUCAGUCCAAGAAUCUGACGCAAGAGGAGAUUGAUGUUGCCCUUUCCCGCGUUGGCGAGGACCCGAAAGCUGCUGUAGCAGCUUCGCCUCAAAUGUAUUCGGCUUCGCAGCCGCCGGCCUAUAGACCAGGGCCGCCGCCGUCACCGCAAGCAUACGGGUAUCCCCCCUAUGGACAAUGGCAAGCACCGCCAGAGCCGCCGAAAAGAGACUGGCGCGAUUGGUUCAUAAUGGCUACGACGGUAGGAGGAGUCGGGUAUGGACUAUACUUCGUCGCAAAGCGGUACAUUACGCCUCUUAUCGCACCACCAACGCCACCGCAGAUAGAACAAGACAAGGAGAACAUCAAUGAGCAGUUUAACCGCGCCUUUGCCUUGAUCGAUCAACUCUCCACUGAUACAGCUAGCUUGAAGUCUGCUGAGGAGGCACGCACAGAGCGUCUUGACUCUGUGUUGCGGGAAGUCGAGAAUGUGAUUUCCGACCUCAAGACUUCCUCGCGCCGGAGAGACGAUGAAACACGCCGCAUCAGCGAUGACGUGAAGACCUUGAAGGACGCAAUCCCCAAGGCCCUGGAAGGUGCCCGGGAAGGGAAUGAAAACCGAAUAAAGGAACUGAGCACUGAACUGAGGAGCCUCAAGACCCUGCUGGGCAACAGACUGGGUGGAGGCGGAAGUACUAGUUCGCCCACCCCCGGGAGGACUAUUGGAACACCGGUCUUGCCCACCGCAUCGAAACCUGCCGGCGAACCUACCGUAACGAACAGCGUCGCUUCUUCGACCUCUGCCCAGGCUGAGUCUCAGUCUUCUCCAUCCGAAACUACCAGCCAGAUCCCUGUCGCCAAUACUUCAAGUCAGGGCACCAGUUCCGUUCCUAGCACUGCCCUUUCGCAACUUGGAAGAUCUGCUUCUAUCCCGGCCUGGCAGAUGGCUGCUGCCAACCGGUCCAAGACUGCCUCGCCUGCAGCUUCCAGUGCCCCUUCCGGAGUUAGCUCGACCAAUACAGACAGCCAGUCCCAGAGUACUCCGGCCAACUGA